CUGUUCCUCUUUUUUGUCUGUUCGUGAGGCUACAUUCUUCUUCUUCAUCUUCUUCAAAUAAAAACAGUGAUACCCAGGACCUGUCACCAAAGUGAGUUCCUUGUGAUAUCAACGCGGGGAAACUUGUAAGUGCGGGGUGUAGGUCUGGAUCCAUGAUAUGAAGGGUGCAUGAUUUGCUGCGCAAUGCUAACAGUGUUGGAAUAGAAGAAGAGAAAGCGCAUCAUCAUACCCUCAGUGUAUCCGUGAGUUCUACAGCAUGUCCGGCUAUUAUCCUCCACAGAAGAGCUACCCGCCUCCACCGAUGUCAGCUCCCCCGACUCAGACCAAGUUCUCCUACCCAGCUCCCCCAAGCAGCUCUCAGGGUAGAAAUUACCCUCCUCCUCCUCAAGCUGCUGCCACACCACCCCCUGCUGCCUCUUCACCCCAGCAGUACCCUCCUCCUCCCCAGCAGCCACAAUUCUCACCACCACCCCAAGCCCCCUCGCCGGCGCAACACGCUGCGCUGCCCACACACGCACGCAGUCAAUCACAGACAUCCCAGCAGCAGCAGCAGCCACAACAGUUCGCGCCGCCUCCUUCAUAUCCCACAGAAGACAAGGAUGCCUCUUAUCCAGCCGAGAAGCAGCAACAGCAACAGCAACAGCAACCCGUAACCAUGGAUCCCUCCUCAGUAGCCAGCACCCUGCUCGGCGCCCCAGCCGCUGGCCAGUUCGUCGGUGCUACCUCCACAGUAGUAGACGACGUGGGCACCUUCAACGGUGGUUCCUACCGCAUCAGCCACCGCGACUGCAAUACCGUCCUCACAAUCCAGCUUGCCAUUGGCUGCCCCUUUGAGGCGAGACCCGGAGCCAUGAUUGCCAUGUCCCCGUCUAUCCAGCUCAAAGGCUCCUACAAGUUCAGCAUGAAGAAGCUGGUGGCGGGCGGCGAGAUGAGCCAGUCACACUACACCGGUCCCGGAGAGCUGCUGCUCGCGCCGCCAAUGCUGGGCGACAUCACGAGCUUGAGGCUGACCGGGAACGAGUCGUGGUCGGUGAGCCACGAUGGGUAUCUCGCCAGCACGCAGCAUGUGAUCAAGGACUACAAGAGGCAGGGGCUGGGGAAGGCCAUGUUUAGCGGGGAGGGGCUCUGGGUGUACAAGAUUAGUGGGACGGGCCUGUUGUGGCUGACGAGCUUUGGUGCCAUUAUCCGGAAAGACCUGGCCGAAGGCGAGAAAUACAUUGUGGACAACGGCCACUUGGUCGCCUGGAACGUCAAGUACAUCAUGGAGCGGGUCACCUCGGGAGGCAUCAUUUCGGGCUUUGCGUCUGGUGAAGGUCUCGUCUGCAAGUUCACCGGCCCAGGGACGGUGUUUAUCCAGACCAGAAACGCGAGAUCAUUCAGUGCUUACAUGACUGGACAACAGAACGGCCAUGCUUAGGGGGGGAGGUCUGAGUUUGUCUUGGGAAGACGGGGAGGAAGAGGUUAUACCAUGAGAGGAUGUACUCAUUCUGAAUUUUGAGUUGAUAACUUUUGGUUUGGUUCGGGUUGGUCUGACGGAGUUUGAUCGGAUUGAGCACAUUGAACGAAUGCCUUUGCCGUUGGUUUUGAGACUGAGAGCACGGUUCAGCAGUCGCGUUGUUUGGGCAGCAAAUUAGUGUGCCUUCUCCUAGGGUCCUGAUAGUGCAAGUGUUUUUUUGUAUGAUUACGAUAAUAAUUUUAAAUGGCCGCUGCUCAAUUUGGCGUCAUAGUAGA